UUCAUCUCUGAAGACCUGAAGACAACUAGCGUUACUACUGCAGCCCUUUUCAUUUUCCUUGUUGCACUAUUUGACCAUGCCACGUUCCAGCAAACGUUCUACAGCGGCCAAGAAGAACUGGGCUCGUUCAGAUGACCAAGGGUCCACUUUCGAGAUGCCGAGGAAGAACAGGCGGAAAGGGCGCAAUAAGGCUGCUGAUGCUGCUGCAUGCAGCGCCUUGUCUGAUGUUUCUCUAUCCACUGAUCCCCACUCUACCCCUUGUGAUAUCCCAUCUUCCUCUUCAUCCCCCAUCCCAUGCUUCACCUACUCUAAUUUUCCUCCUCUUCCGACGUCUCAGUCAUCUGUCUUUAGGCCCUGUGAUUCUCUUUCACAGUCUGUGCCUCUGUCGAGAUGUGAGACAGAGACCUCACAUUCUCAUUCACAGGCCAGUGAUACCCAAACUGUUCCUCUUAAAUCUCCAAGGUGUGCUCCACUACCAUGCCGUUCUGAUGGUGACUCUUGCCAUGUAAUAAACUUUGAGCAAAUCUCUAAACAAAUACCUGAGCAAAUGCCUGAACAAAUCUCUGAACACAACUCUGAACUGAACCUUAAAAAUCUUGAACUAAUAACCUCUGACAACAUUGAGUCUGAAAUAACCUCUGACAACAAAAAGUCUGAUCUGAAGCCUGAACAAAACUCUGAACUUAACUUUGAGAAUCUUGAACUGAUACAUUCUGCUGUGUUACAGAGCACCAUGUAUCCAAGCUGUAAUAACAGGUUUCUACAAGGAUCUUUCCAUCAAGGACAUGUGAUGUUUGGAGCAAAUGCAGGUGUACAAUGUCUGACAAACAGUUUAACAGCAAUUUUGAUGAAUGAAUUAAAAGAUGUGUGCACAUGGCAACGUAUUGAUGUUGAUAAUAUUCUUGUAAAUGGAAACAAGCUUUACACAUCAGUGCAAAACUGCAAUCAGGUAAAUGAUACUCAUCUUUUGGUAAGUGAUUUGCCAACGUCUCUUGUGCUUCAUCAUGUUGAUUUUACAAUUAAUCUUGGACAAGCAUUUAGUGGCAUAGUAGGAGUACAUGACUAUGAUCCAGAGUUGGCAGAUAUGUCAAUAAGCCUUUAUGAAGCACUCCAGAGAGUAUUACUAGGAGAUCACAGCUGUUUUUUGACAAUGAAUAAAAGUACUUGUGCCAUUAUUAAACACACCAGUGGUUACGCAGUGUUUGAUUCCCACGCACGCAGCUAUGAUGGCCUUGUUCAUUCAACAGGAAAAAAAAAAAUGUCCAAGAAGGCCCUGGAUGUGUUUGCUCAGUUUGUCAUCGCCAGCUUUUUCGAAAGCAAGUCAUUGAAUGUAAACAUGAUAAGUACACAACCAGUCCAACUGUAG